AUGGUUAUUGGCAACAUUUACGUCAUCGCCGCUGUGUCGGUUGUUGGCGGUGGCCUUUUCGGUUUCGACAUUUCGUCUUUGUCCGCCCAGCUCGGGGAGCAGUCUUACCUAUGCUACUUCAACCAAGGCCCCCAUGGUCCUCCAUACACCAACGAGAAGUGUUCGGGUCCUCAUGAAUUGGUCCAGGGAGGUAUCACAGCCUCUAUGGCUGCUGGUUCGUGGUUGGGAGCCCUCAUCUCCGGCCCUCUCUCAGAUCGUCUUGGCCGCAAAUACUCCAUCAUGGUCGGAUGCAUUAUUUGGUUGAUUGGCUCGACCAUCUCCUGCGCUGCUCAAAACAUUGGUAUGCUCAUUGUCGGCCGCAUCAUUAAUGGUCUCUGUGUGGGCAUCGAGUCAGCUCAAGUUCCCGUCUAUAUUGCCGAGAUAUCGCCUCCCUCUAAGCGUGGUCGCUUCAUCGGCAUGCAGCAAUGGGCUAUUACAUGGGGCAUCCUUAUCAUGUACUACAUUUCAUAUGGGACCUCAUAUAUCGGUGAGCAGAACUUCAUCGGCUGGAAAGCCGAGUCUUUCCGGAUUCCCUGGGGCCUUCAGAUGAUUCCUGCCGUCUUCCUCUUCUUCAUGAUGAUGAUUCUACCCGAAUCUCCACGUUGGCUGGCCCGUAAGGACCGCUGGGAGGACUGCCGCUCUGUCUUGGCUCUGGUGCACGGAAAGGGUGAUCCUGACCACCCUUUUGUUGCCAUGGAACUCCAGGAUAUCAAAGACAUGUGCGAGUUCGAGCGUCGCCAUUCCAACGUCACCUACUUCGAUCUCUUCAAGCCCGAUAUGGUUAACCGAACCCUUAUUGGUCUUUUCACCCAGAUUUGGUCGCAGCUGACUGGCAUGAACGUCAUGAUGUACUAUAUUGCCAAUGUUUUUACCAUGGCUGGAUACGAGGGCAAUGCCAAUCUUCUCGCCUCAUCCAUCAGCUACAUUAUAAACGUUUUCAUGACCAUCCCAGCUCUCUUAUGGGUCGAUCGUUGGGGUCGUCGCCCAACACUUUUGGUCGGCUCUGUCCUCAUGGCGACCUGGAUGUACGCCAAUGCUGGUAUUCUUGCCAACUACGCCGAGGUUGUUCCCGGUGGAAUCAACGGUGUUGCAGCCCAGUCUAUGCGACUCACAGGUGCUCCUGCCAAAGGCCUCAUUGCCUGCACCUAUCUCUUUGUCGCGUCCUUUGCCCCGACUUGGGGCCCCGUCUCUUGGAUCUAUCCGCCGGAGCUGUACCCCUUGCGACUCCGCGGCAAAGGCGUCGCUAUGUCAACUUCAGGAAAUUGGGCUUUCAACACUGCUCUUGGCCUCUUCGUUCCUCCUGCUCUUGCCAGUAUCAAGUGGAAGACGUAUCUGAUCUUCGCCAUCUUCAACACGGUGGCAUUCUUCCACGUCCUCUUUAUCUUCCCCGAGACUGCUGGCAAGACCCUGGAAGAAACUGAGGCUAUGUUUGAAGACCCCAACGGCAUUAAGUAUCUGGGAACUCCUGCGUGGAAGACCAAGGUUGUGACCAAGUUUGUCGAUCGCGCUGAGCAUGGCGACAUUGAAGCCAAGCGAGCCGUUGAAUACAAGCUCUCUGAUGUUCACGAACGCGACGUGGAGAAAGCCGCGCCCGCCUCUUCCACCGACCCUGCUUAG